GCGCAUGCCACAUUGUUUCUAUCGUACAAGGCACAGAUUUGGACUUAAACCCCCCUUGUCUGUAUGGCUCUCACCGUACAAUGAUUAAACUCCUCACAUUUGAACUGCAAAGACAAUCAAAUGCGCCCACACCAAUAAAAAGAAAGGUCUUGCAGCUCUAGCUCCACAUCCUGAACUGAAAUCCCGUUGUAUGUAUAUAGCGAAGAAGGGAAGUAAUGUCAAAGGGCAAAGAGAAGGUGAGCAGCAGCAAGCAGUUCAGGUGGCUGCGGCCUAUGCAUUCAACGAUGCUUAGGCUACUUGCGCAGGAGGUUGCAAAGAGCAACAAGCCGUCUAGCACUUUCAAGGCAGGCUCCUUUGCUCUUGUAGCGAAGGAGAUAACUGCCCAAUUUGGGGUUGAGUGCCACCCUUCUGAUGUUGAAAAUCGGAUGCGGACUCUAAGGACCAUGUGGUCCACUAUUCAGACUAUUAGAAAGAAGAGUGGCUUUGGCUGGGAUGAUAACCUAAAAAUGAUAACAUGCGAUGCGAAGACAUACCAAGAAGAAGUCAUGGCGCAUCGAAAGCAUGCGGAGUAUCUAAACAAAAAAAUUGAGAUGUAUGAUGAAUUAGUUAUUGUUGUGGGGAAGGACACAGCCACGGGUGGCUUUUCUAAGUCCUAUGUGGAUAUUGAGAAUAAGCCAGACAAUGGGGACAAUGUUGAGUUUGUUGCAGACAAUGUGGAGGAAGGUGUGGUCGAGAAAGGGAAGAAUGCAGUCGAGUCAUCCACCAUUGGGUUGAGAAUUUCCAAGUCCCGCAAAAGAGGGCAUGCACCUUCUAAUGCUAAUGAUAGUGUGCUGAUUGAUCUGUCUGAUCAGCUGAAGGAAAUAGUUGUGGCUCUAAAAGAAAUCAACCGGGGCCCGGUGUAUUACACAGCUUUUUACAAUGAAGUCAUGGCUAUAAUGGCGGAUGGGUAUAGCGAAGACAUGCUCGCAACUGCGUUUGAUCAUCUUUGUGAAAAUGAGAAGGCAGCAUGGGGAUUUCUAGCCAAGAAUGCUAGGCUGAGAAAGCUAUGGUUGGAUGGUUUUUUAUUCUCACAACUUUGACUUGUCUGUUUCAUGUUGAUUGUGAUGGUAGCUUUAAGAAUUAACUUUUGUUGUAGUACUAGUAUUGACCUACCAUUGUAUUAUAUAUGUAGUCUUUUGUAUUAUUGGAACGAUACAAUUGCCCAAAUUAUGUAUUUGUACUGUUCAAAUACCACGAGUAGGUAUCAUUUUUGUACACCAUGGAGGUGUAAUGCUAAUGGUGAACGAUUGAUGUGGCUGUUUUUAUAUAAAUAUUAUGGGUAUAUUCAAAUGAUUAUUUUUGA